GCUCCUCUGGUUUAAGACCGGGAGGGUGUCUGUCUCUUUCUGUCUCAACCAUUUCACCCCUUUACUCAGGAUCUUUCUGUACGUCUCUUAUCAGUGACCUUAUCACUGCCUUGUUCCGCCGCCUUCCUGCGGGAGGUGCUGGAAAAGCCAGCGAGGGGAAUUUACCAGGAGGAUAAUGACCAAAAGUCCAGCUUGCAGUCAUUUCACAUAACAGAUACAUAUACAGUUUUUCUUCAAAAACCAAUACAGUGGAGUACAGCUGCUUCAGCUCAGGGUGUGUUCUCUGUUUCCUCUGAAGAUGAAGAGGCACCGGUUGUUACCGUUGUGUGCUCUUCUAGGCGUCCUGUUCGCGGGACUCCUCCCUAAACUUGAUGCUCAGGAUGAUUGUGCACAAGGGUUGGCAGCUGAUAUAUACUUUCUAGUGGAUUCAUCCUGGAGUAUGGGAGAGGAGAACUUUGAGCAUGUCAGACAUUUUCUAUACACCUUGAUACAAUCACUGCACCAGGUUGGAGGAGAAAAGUUUAAGUUCGCCCUUGUCCAGUACAGUAGCAGGCCUGAAACUGAGUUCCAUCUCAAGAGCUACCCAACAACACAGGGAGUCCUGGCACACAUCAAGGCUAUGUCUUACCGUGGUGGGGGCACCCGCACUGGCCUAGGUCUGGAUUACCUGAUACGUACACACAUGACCGCUGCUUCGGGCAGCCGUGCUGCUGACGGGGCGGUCCAGGUGGUGUUGGUGCUAACAGACGGGCGCUCUCAGGAUGACGUGGCCGAGCCGGCUCAGGUGCUGCAACUGGCAGGCGUGGAGAUGUUUGCAGUUGGAGUUCAGGAUGCGGUGGACUCGGAGCUCAGGGAGAUGGCUAGCCAACCUCAUGCCACUCAUGUGUUCAGUGUAGACUCUUUCCUGGCCUUGCGGGAUAUAAUCCAAGAAUUAGUAGUGGGGAUUUGCGGUGCAGUGACCCAGUCAGGGGUUGCUCCCAUGGGAAAUGAGGCCCCUGUGGCUGAAGGAGGGACAGCACAAGAUUCAGCUGACCUAGUACUCUUAAUUGACGGAUCACAGAACGUUGGAGCAGCAAACUUCCCCUAUGUGCGCGAUUUGGUUUUGAAAAUCAUUGAGCGCCUCGAUGUGGGCAGGGACACUAUUCGGGUGGCCUUGAUCCAGUACAACACCGAUCCACAAAUAAAGUUCUAUCUAAAUAGCUAUGACAGCAAGUCAUCGGUCCUGGAAGCUGUGAAAGGCCUCACCUACUCAGGGGGCGAUGAAUCUAACCUGGGCGCUGCCUUGGAGGAAGUGGCUGAGAGCCUUUUGAGCGAAACAGCUGGGGGCAGGGCAGACGAGGGUGUGCCUCAGAUGGUGGUGGUUGUCAGUGCUGGGCCAUCCACUGAUGAUACUGGCGCCGGUGACCGGGCCCUUAAGAGGGCCAGCGUUAUCACAUUUGGCGUGGCGAUUGGUGACACUGCCACUGCAGAUCUGGAAGCAGUCGCUACAGACAAAACGUUUGUCCUGUCAGCCCCUGAUUUCAGAGCAGUUGCAAGCAUGAGUGACCAGCUGUUCCCAUACAUUAACGGGGUGGUCCAGCGCACCAUUAUAGUUCAGAAUGAGUUCACAGAAGUUGUGGCAAUUGGAAAACGAGACGUCAUUUUCCUGAUUGACAGUACAAUGGGAACCGCAACCAUCAACGGUUUACGCGAAUUCAUCAAGAGGUUUGUCGACAGGAUGCCAAUUGGUCCAGACGGAGUUCAAGUGGGUAUUGCCCAAUUCAGCACUGUCCCGAGACUUGAGAUGGAUUUGAACACCCAUGGAACCAGGGAGGCAAUAGCAGCUGCUUUGGGUACGAUCCGACCAAGACCAGGACAGACAAUCAACAUCGGAGCAGCCUUGGACUUUGUGCGGACGAAUAUGCUGCAGCCUGCGAGGGGCAGUCGUAUUCAGCAGCAGGUGCCCCAACUUGUGCUGUUACUGACCAGUAAAAAGUCUAGUGACAGUGUGGAACAACCUGCUCUGGCCCUGAAGCAAAUGGGUGUACUGACUCUGGCUGCAGGCUCAAGGGCUGCUGAUGAGGAGGAGCUGAAGCAGAUUGCCUUUGCUGAAAGAGUUGUAUUCAUGAACAAGGACUUCCGCCAACUGUUUCGCAACCCAAGGGAAGUUGUUGAUGCUCUCUCUACUCUAGCUGGGGUGGUGGUGGUGACUGAAGUACCCACUGAGCCAGUGGUGGAGAUAACUACAGUGCAGACACAAAAAGUUGUCCGAGACAUUGUCUUCCUUGUGGAUGGCUCAAACUACAUUGGCAGCGGUAACUUCCCCUAUGUGAGAGACUUCAUGAUCAACGUGGUCAACCAACUGGAUGUACGUCCUGACAGAGUCCAGAUUGGUCUCCUGCAGUUUGCUGCCCGUCCAAAAAUAGAAUUUUACCUGAACAGCUACAGCAACAGACAAGAUGUUGUAAAUAGAAUCUCUCAACUCAGCCUGACUGGAGGAUCAGUUUUGAAUACAGCAACUGCCAUGAAUUAUGCCCUGGCCAAUAUGUUCCAGCCAUCAACUGGGUCCCGCAGGAGGCAGGGUGUCCAGCAGGUUUUGGUCUUGAUCACAGGCGGUCCCCCCCAGGAUGAGGUUAAGACCGUGGCUGAUAAACUGGCUUUGGCUGGUGUUUUGACUUUCACUGUCAGCUCUGGACAAGCAGAUGAGUCUCUUCUCAAGACAGUUGCCUUUGUUCCAGAUUUGGCUUAUCAUGAAACAAGCUUUUCUAGUUUACCAGCUAUGGCUGAAGUCAUCAUGCCAAAGCUGAUAACAGUGGUUGGCGAUACCGAUGUGGCAACAUUUCCAGAGGAAACUGUUGUCAUCUCUGGAGUUGAAAGAGAUGUUGCCUUCCUCAUUGAUGGAACAGAUCGUGUUCGAGCAGAUUUUGCCUACAUCCGGGAUUUUAUCAUUAAAGUCAUUGAACCACUUGACAUUGGGAUCGACAAGGUACGAAUUUCAGUGGUUCAACACAGCGAGAGGCCAACUCCAAAUUUCUACCUUAACACUUACAAAACCAAAGAGGACGUGAUAAGAGCUGUCAAUGGCAUGACAUUGGCUGGCGGACGAAGCUUAAACACAGGCUCUGCUCUGAGAUUCAUGAAAGACACCAUUCUGUCUGAAAGCAAUGGCAGUCGGGCUUCACAAAAUGUCCCUCAGUUCCUGAUUGUUUUGGCUGGAAGCCGCUCCACGGAUAACGUGAAGGAAUCUGCUGGUGCACUGAAGACAGAGGGAGUCGUGCCAUUUGGUGUUGGUGUCAAGGAUGCAGACCCAAAGCAGAUUGAGGAAAUUUCCCACAACCCCUCAUUUGCCUUCAAAGUGAAAGAAUUCAGUGAGCUUGGCUCCAUACCACAAAAGCUCAAUAACUAUGUGAGCCUUCCGAGGGAACAGCUGGCCGUUGUCCUACAAGAAGCUCAAAGUGAUGCUGUAAAAAGAGAUAUUGUGUUCCUAUUGGAUGGCUCUGAUAACACCAGAGAUGGAUUCCCAGACAUAAAGCUCUUUGUUAAGAACGUAGUGGAGAGCCUCACUGUCGAUGAAAGCCAAGACAGAGUGUCUGUGGUUCAAUUUGCUGAUAGUCCUGAGGUCAACUUUUACCUGAGCUCUCACAAGACAAAGAACGACAACAUAAAUGCCAUUGAUAAUUUACGGCACAAGGGUGGAAGGCGCCAUAAUAUCGGUGCAGCUCUCCAGUUUGUGAGGCAUAGAGUUUUCACUUCUUCCACAGGCAGUCGAAGACUGGAAGGAGUGCCCCAGAUUUUAAUUCUUUUAAGUAGCAAACCAUCCACUGAUAAUGUGAGAGGCCCAGCCUUUUCUCUUAAAGAGCAUGAAAUUAUCUCACUGGGGGUUGGAGUGGGAGAUGCCAGCCUUUCAGAGUUGGAAACAAUUGCCUUCGAACCUGGUUUUGCAUACAAGGUCACUGACUCCUCCAUGUUACCCUCAAUCCAAUCACAACUUGGUGCCACACUGAACAUACACAAAGACACUGGGGAAACCAUGAAUGGAAUCUCUGAUUUAGUAGUCGAAUUAGAAUCCCCUCAAAGAGACAUAGUAUUUCUGUUGGAUGGGUCAGAUGAUGCACGGAGUGGCUUUCCAGCAAUGAAAAGUUUUGUCCAGCAAGUGGUAGAAACACUCAAUGUUGCUGAGAACAAAGAUCGUGUUUCUGUGGUUCAGUACAGCAACGAUCCACAGACGGAUUUCAGUUUGAACACUUACGUGGAAAAACAAGAUGUUCUGAAUGCAAUCCAACAGUUGAACCACAAAGGGGGAAGACCCCUCAAUACCGGUGCAGCUCUUAACUAUGUGAGCAGCAAUGCUUUUGCUGAAUCUUCAGGAAGUCGGCAUCAAGAAGGUGUUCCUCAGAUAUUAAUUCUGUUGACUGGGGGAAGAUCUCAAGAUGAUGUUGCAAGUGCUGCUGCUGCCCUAAAACAGGAAAAAGUUGUUCCAUUCUGCAUUGGUACAAGAAAUGCUGACAUACUUGAGCUCCAAAUGAUUGCACAUAACCCUUCCUAUGCCUUCUCCGUGCUUCGGUUUGAUGAUAUUGGGAGCAUCCAUCAACAACUUGUGUCAUUUGUGAAAAGGGUGCCUCGCCAGCAGCUAAGACAAAAACCGCAAAAUGCUUUAGGCUCAUCAGAUCAAAGUGAAUCUUUUCACCGUGAUAUUGUGUUUUUACUGGAUUCCUCUGAUGAAAUGCAGACUGACUUUCCAGCAGUGCUUGGCUUUGUUGAGAGGAUGGUGGAAAAACUUAAUGUAGAAGCCUACAAAGAUCAUGUUUCGGUGGUGCAGUACAGCAGAGAACCUUCAGCGGAAUUUUUCUUUAACACAUUCAAAACGGAGAAUUUGCGGCAGAAUGUUGAGAACAGCAUACGAAGUCUGACACAUAAAGGAGGCAGACCCCGCAAUACUGGUGCAGCCCUCCAGUACAUCAAGGACAAUGUUUUUACAGCCUCUUCUGGAAGUAGACGCCUCCGGGGUGCGCCUCUGUUUUUGGUUCUCUUAACUGGUGGACAGUCCAGUGAUGAUGUCAGAAGCGCUGCUGAAAAUCUGAAGGAAAUUGGUGUGAUGGCUUUUGUGGUGGGAAUGAAGAAUGCAGACCCACUUGAGAUACAGUCUAUUGCACAGGAAGUCAGUCAUGCUUUCUAUGCAGCAGAUUCCAGUGAUCUGUCCGACAUUGAACAACAAAUACUUUCUUUGCUGAAGAAGAACUCUGAUUCUAGGGUAGCACCAUAUGAUGCCAGCAAAAGAGACGUUGUUUUUUUGCUUGAUGGUUCUGAUGAUUCUCAGCGAAGAUUCACGGAUAUUAAAGACUUUGUUCAGACAAUUGUGGCAAAGCAGCUUAACAUUGCUGCAAACAAAGACCAAGUGGCUGUGGUCCAGUACAGCGACACGGCAGAGAUUAAUUUUAAUUUGGGACGUUACUCAACAGAAAAUGAUGUUCUUGAAGCCGUAAAAGGUCUGACUCACAAAGGAGGUUAUCCUCUUAACAUUGGAGCUGCUCUCAAGUAUGUUGGCCAACAUGUAUUUACUGCUGAGUCUGGAAGCAGACUUCUGGAGGGAGUUUUACAAAUACUCAUAAUACUAAGUGGUGGACGGUCUGGGGAUGACAUUAGAACCCCAGUCAGAACACUGAGGGAUAUUGGUGUUAUAACAGUUGCCAUUGGAACAAGUGAUGCUGACACCCUAGAGCUGCAGACAGUUUCUCAUACACCCAAUUAUGCACUCUCAAUUACUGGUUAUGAAGAACUUCCUACUUUGUUGUCAGUGUUUCGAGAGGCUUUCUACCAUGCAGAGCAGACUGCUCCCACAGCAGGUUUUGAUUCUACAAGAAGUGAUGUUGUAUUUCUUAUUGAUGGAUCAUAUGACUCUCGAAACGGGUUUGAAGACAUACGAGGCUUUGUUGAAAAAAUAGUUGAAAGUUUAAGCGUGGGCAAUAAUAGAGACCAAGUGGCUGUUGUUCAAUACAGCCGUGAAGCCACAGCCAAUUUCUAUUUGAAUUCCUAUUCAUCCAACAAUGAUGUGCUCAAUUCCAUUAGAACAAUGAGGCAUAAAUUGGGACGACCCCUUAACAUUGGAAAAGCACUGGAGUUUGUCAGAGACAAUGUCUUUGCCGCUUCAGUUGGAGGCAGACGGGAAGACUUGGUCCCUCAGUAUCUGUAUGUGUUUAGUGGUGGGAGAUCGGGGGAUGAUGUCAGAGGACCAGCACAGUCACUCAAAGACAAUGGAAUAAAGACUUUUAGUAUUGGAACAAAGAACGCUGAUACUUUGGAGAUGCAAACUAUUGCUUACACACCAGCACAUUAUUUUUACGUCACAAACUAUAAAAAUCUGCAAAACAUGAACCCAUCUCUUGAAGGCACAUUGAAGGGCACCCAAGAAACAACUGAAUUUCCAACUAUAACUGACACUCCCACAAUUACAGAUGUAGAACGCUUGAGUGCCGAUAUUGUUUUCCUCCUUGAUGGAUCUAAUGAUAUGAGAACAAAUGAAAAACAAAUCUUGGAAUUUGUCAGAGAGUUUGUCAAGCAAGUAGAAAUUGGGCCAACAAAAGCACACGUUGCUUUGAUCCAGUACAGCACAGAGCCCAUGACUGAUUUUCUCCUGAACAAAUAUUCAUUGAGAGAUGAUGUCUUGAAUCAUUUGAGCAAUGUAAAACUGAAAGGAGGGCUUACCGUGAACACUGGUGAAGCCCUUGAUUACGUGAGAAACACUGUCUUCACGGCUUCAUCUGGCAGCAGAGCCCUGCAGGGAGUCCCACAGAUACUGAUUCUCCUAAGUGGGAGAAAGUCCGAAGAUGAUGUCUUAGGUCCAGUGGAGAGACUGAAAAAUGCUGGAGUCGUUCUUUAUGGUGUUGGAGCAAAUAAUGCAGAUAAAUUGGAGAUGGAACAAUUGGCUCCCAGAGCAGAGUAUUUUAUCAAGGAGAUUUCUGACUUUCCUCUUGUGAGAAAACAGUUGCUCUCAUCCAUUACUUCUCUCAAAAGCACAAUGAGCCCUGAUGUAGGUUCAAGUUCCAGCAUAAACAGAGACAUUGUAUUUCUCAUUGAUGGAUCCGAUGAUGUAAGGAGUAGAUUCAGCGCUAUCCGUGAAUUUGUGGCAAAAAUGGCUGACAGGUUUGACCUGGACCAAAGAAAAGAUAAAGUUGCUGUUGUACAGUAUAGCAACAAUCCUGAACUCAGUUUCAGCCUGAAUGCGUACAAUUCAAAAGAUGAUGUUCUCAAGCACAUUGCAAGCCUUAAACCAAAAGGUGGAAGGCCUCAGUAUAUUGGAGCAGCGCUCCAGUUUGUAAAGGACAACGUGUUUGUUUCAAAAGCUGGAGGUCGACGUAAUGAAGGCGCCAAGCAGAUACUAAUUGUAUUGGCUGGUGGAAGAUCAAGAGAUUCUCCAAGAGGGCCAGGAAACGCACUCAAAGCAGCAGGGGUUGUUGCAUUUGCAAUUGGAUCAAGAAUGUCAAAUUCAGCAGAGAUGCAAAUUAUUUCCUCUGAUCCACAAUACACUUACUCAGUCCCUGAUUUUGUGAACCUCCCUGGCAUUGAGCAAAGUUUGAUGAGUCAUCUUACUGAAAUGGGAGUUGAGGUGGAAAGGAAAGGAGUGGUGGGACAGCCAGCAGGAAAGGAUGUGGUGUUCUUGCUGGAUGGAUCUGAUGGUACUCGAAGUGGAUUCCCAGCCA